AUGGAGGCUUCGGUACACUCGACCCUCGCCACCAGCUCUUCGCAGAAGCUCGAGCGCGUUGUUCACGACGCCACUCAAACGCUAUGCGACGAGUUCCCCACCCACUGCGGAUGUAGCCAAUCCGAUAUUCGCACGGAAUACAGCAUCUACAGACCCGACGUCACCAGUGAGCACUGCUUCGGAGAGCCCCCGUCUAUUUCUGUCAGCUCGGUCCGCCGAUGUUAG